AUGGAUGUAGUGGCAAAAACUAAUGAAAAGAUUGAUCUCGUCCAGGCUCGGUUAAAAGCGGUACAAGACCGAUCGAAAACCUAUGACGAUAAAAGAAGGCGUCUUAUCGAGUUUCAAGUUGGGGAUCGGGUAUUGUUGAAGGUCUCCCCAUGGAAAGGCGUAAUUCGAUUCCAUAAGCGUGGAAAAUUGGGCCCUCUAUAUAUUGGGUCGUUCAAAGUUUUAGCUCGUAUUGAAAAGUUAGCGUACAAGUUUGAAUUACCACUGACAUUGGAUGGGGUUCACAACACCUUCCAUGUGUCACAAUUACGAAAGUGCCUUGCGGAUGAAACGCCUCAUAUACUUCUUGAAGACAUUGAAGUAGACGAAAGAAUGAACUAUAUCGAAAGACUGGUGGCUAUAAACGAAUCUAAAGUAAAGAUCCUACAUAACAAAGAGAUUAGGCAAGUGUUAGUCCAAUGGCAACACAGGAAGGGAUCGGAUCUCACAUGGGAACCAGCAGACGAAAUGCGAGAACACUACUCGGGUUUAUUUGGUAUGUAUCUAGGUUUCGGGGAUGAGACCUCUUUUAAGGAGGGUAGACUUGAAACACCCAAAAAUCUGAAUGAAACUAUUUUGUGUAUUUAA